UUUGAAAUGGCUACUAAUAUAUAACAUGAAGAGAUUAAUAUAAGUCUAAAUAACGAUAAGAAAGCAUUUGAAGAUCUAAGUGGAUUCUUUAAUUUGCUAGCACUAGCUUUAGAAAAAGUAGAUUUAGCUAAUAAGGAAUUAAUUGAAUGUUUGAAAAAGAUUCAAAAAUAACUUAGUUCAGAAAUACCAAAAUUAGGAGAAGUAGUUUCUUUAGUAGCAGAAUCUAUGAAUGUGGCUUCGAAAAAGAAUUAGGAAUAUAUAGAAUUGAUAAAAAGCAAAAUAAUUUUAAGUUUGAAUGGUUAACUUGAAUAAAUUAAAACAAAGUAGAAAUUAUUAGAUGAUUAUAAAGCUAAAACAGCAAUUGAAGCUGAUAGGGAUUAAAAAAGAAAAAAUACUGAACCUGCAAAAUAAAAAGAAACAUAUUAAGCAUAUGAAUAAGCAAAAAAAGAGAAAAUGCUUGCAGGAUAAACGCUUAAUACAUAAUAUUAAAUUUACAUAAAUGAAAAAAAUUAAGAAUUUUGUUCAAUGUGGAAACAUUUUCUUAAUAUGCACAUGUAUUGUUGUGCAGCAGGACUUUAAAGUUUCUCAAAAAGCGCCUAAGAAAUACACAAUAGAGAAUAAGAAGUUAAAAAAGACGCUGAAAUUUUCUUAAGUAAAUUGUUAGGUAAUUAAAGAGUUAAAUGA